AUGGGAUUAGACCAGGACAAGAUAAAGAAGAGGCUUUCUCAAAUCGAAAUAGACAUCAACCAGAUGAACCAGAUGAUCGAUGAAAAUCUUCAAUUGGUGGAACCAACAGAGAACGAAGCUGCAAAGGAGAUACCAGAGGUUGGUGAAGCGACUGAAGCGGCUUUUCCAAGUAGUAACGAGGAAUUCAGCAAUACACGAGAAGAUGCAGUACAGCCCGAAGCUGGUAAUGAGUCUCCAAAGGAGCAUAUUUUCAGUGACAAUGAGAAAAAGAAGAGUAUGGAGACUGAACCUGAACAAUUAGAACCUCAGGUUGCGGUAGUCCAAGAAAUUCAAGUGAAUCACACGGCCAUUGUUAUCGGUGACUCCUAUAACGCGUUUGUCGCCAAAUCCGCCAAAAAUGCGGAGUCAAAUGACAGUGACACUGAAGUUAAAGCUUAUGAUACUGAAAAUGUAAAUCAAAGUGGAGUUGAUAAUGAAACUGCCAAAAGUGACGACGAUGAAUGGGAAGACGAAAAAUCGGAUGCGGAAGACAAGUGCACAGGUAAGGAAGAGGUAGAAAAGAUUGAGGCUCAACCUCUAAAACCUCCCACUCGCGAAACUAUCAGCUACGCUGGACACCGUACAGCAGAUACCGAGUUGAUAUUGGAUAACUUUUCUUCAGGAAAUGAUGGAGGAGACCCGAACAUACUACCGCAAACUAUAUCUGUAGGGAGCAAAAACGACGACAAUCACGAGAACAAGCAUUUAGCUGACCAAACGACCGACACCUCAGAGGACUUCCCCAAUCCUUCCGGAAGAAGCACUCCGCUUGAUUCUCAAUCUAAAAUCUUUAUACCCAAGAAAAAUCUCAAAGAAGAUGAUACCGAUGCAAAUGACUCCGAUUCAGCUAGUCGAGAACUAAAACCCGUACCAAACUUCGAGAAACGACGCCCGACAAAUCCAUUUAGAGUUAUCUCGGUAAGUAGCAAUUCUGGUUCGAGGGAUGGGAGCCGUAAAUCUUCACUGAACAAGUACGAUACUCCUGCUUCGUCUCCUAUCACUUCAGCAUCCGAGUUGGGUAAUACUGCCAAGCUAGAAAAAAGACAUGAUUAUUUGGCUAUGAAAUGUACCAAAUUGCAAAAGGAAAUUGACUAUCUGAACAAGAUGAAUGCUCAGGGUUCACUGUCUAUGGACGACGGUAAAAGACUGAAAAGAGCCGUGGUGAAGCUUCAAGAAUACCUUGAUAGUAAAACAAAGGAAAAAUAUGAGGUUGGGGUGCUGUUGAGUAGACAAUUGAGGAAGCAGAUUGACCGCGGUGAAAAUGGCCAAUUCUGGAUUGGUACUAAAUGA